AUGAAACAAAUUCUAGAAAAGGAGGUGAACAAAAGAGUAAGCCAGUGUCUGAUCCAACUUCUGGCAUUUGGUACACCUCGAAGAUUGGUGGUAAGGUAUAGGUCAAACACCCCAUUAGUUCUAAAAGGUAUCACACUUGGCAUAAGAGGAGGCGAGAAAAUUGGGGUUGUUGGUCGCACAGGGAGUGGAAAGUCCACCCUUAUACAGGUAUUCUUCAGGCUAGUUGAACCUUAUGGAGGGAAGAUAAUAAUUGAUGGCAUCGAUAUCUGCAAGAUUGGCCUGCAUGAUCUAAGGUCUCGCUUUGGGAUCAUUCCACAAGAGCCGGUACUAUUUCAGGGAACGGUGAGAACCAAUGUGGAUCCACUUGGUCUUUAUUCCGAGGAAGAGAUAUGGAAGGCUCUCAUUGUUGAAGUUGCUUUGACCGAGGUUAAUGAUGGUGAUGAAGAAGAUGGCUCUGGGAGUAAUCUUUCUGCUGUUAAAAUCUAUGACGAUGAAGUGAGUGUGAGAUUUUUGGAUGUAUAUUUGUUGGGAUGUUUGGAGGAUGGACUGAAUGCACUUUUGGGCAUAGAGCUUCUUCUGGUUGCUGUUUUGCUUGUAGCUGCUGCUUGGGUUGCUAGUCGUGGUGUGGCUGUGCUGUCUCAUUCUCUGUUGCAGGCUUAG